UUCACUGAUUUAUGCCUAGUUGCAUAACAUUAUUUGAACCCCAUACAAAAAAUCCUCAACCUCCCCAUACAUUUUCUCCGCUCGAUCGAAAAAUCGAAUAACCGAAAUAAAUGCGCCGAUCCCACUUAUGGGCGAGUCUUGAAAUGGACUUCGCCGCCGAGCGUGGAUUCAGUGUGGUUCUAGACUUUCGUGGGCUUUCGUUAGUUCGAUCGGCGUGGUUACACCCACCCACCAUAAACAAAACUCCAACAGUUGAUCUAUGAAAAUGUCUCACACGGUUACGGUAACGAGGACCACGACCACGACCACCACGUCUGCCAUCAUCCUCAACACGGGAUAUUUAAAAACAUGGCCAGGCAUUCUGAAGUUCCUUCAGCUGGCACUGGGAAUAGUCGUGGUCGGCUUGGUCAGCCACUACUAUCGAGACUACACUCACGUUAAUCAGACCCCAGAAACGUUCUUUUUGCUGAUGGCCGUCACGUUUCUGGUAGGGACGUUCCUGCUGUUGCUGUCGUGUCUGAUUUCCAUCUCCACCGCGUCGAUCAUUUCAAAGACGAUUUAUGAAGUGGUCUACCACGGGUUCGCUUUCAUUUUGUAUUUGGCGGCGAGCUUGACCUUCGUCAUUGAGGUAAACCAUUGGAAGAGGAGCUAUGGGAGGGACUACGAGCCGUAUUUUGCAGCGGCUAUAAUCGGCAUCGUCCUGUCCGCGCUCUACUUACUGAGUACAAUAUUUGCCCUCAGAAGUUACAGGGGUUUGUAAGUUGUAAGGGUAUUUGUUAAUUUUUGGUACAUUUAAAUUAUUUUGAGUUGAGUUGUAGUAUUUAUUAUUUUCUUAGUUCAUUUUACACAUAAUUAUUUUUUCAAGCAGUAUGUAAUGUGGCACAAUUUUCAUUAAAAACGCACUCUUUCAGUGGUUUGAACUAUUUUUUCGUGUCAGUCAUGCCAAAGUUUUCUAGAACACAUCGGAGUAGUUGGAAUUUGUAUCACGUAGUAGGCGUAGUUUUUCCGAGAGGCGGCACAACCUUGUCAUGCAUUUAGUAGGCAACCAACUACACGAAGCUUGUAGAUAGGUAGAAUCAAGGUUAUUACAGUGUAUUUUACCUAUAUUUGUCAAUUAUGUCCGUCUCCCACAUUGGGAAUAAUUUAUGUGCUGUAACUAAUCGACACGUGCCAGGUAAGCAUUCAACAAAUCAAGAUAAACUAAACAUUCUCACGGUCAAGACGAUUAAGUUUGAAUGAAAACGAAGUACUAUUAUUAGAAAAUGUGUUUAACCAAAUGUACUCGUAUUAAUGUAUCUAUGGAUAUUGUAUACCUACUCUCUAAUUAAUUCUGCAUCUCUGGUCAGAUUUCAAGUAUUAUUAAAGCUUGUGACGAAUCGAAAUCUGACAGGGACAAGCUGCCAUUGGUGUUAUUUGAUGUGCCUCAAACAUGCCUUAUUUUACUAGUUGUAAGACGCUAAUUGUGACUGUUUAUUUUUAAGAAGUAUUUAAAUUUUAUAAGUGUUCUAAAAUGUAUGUACAUCGCAAUUUUUAUAGAGCAUAUAUGUGACUGUAAAAUAAAAGUUACUCUUUUA